GGUGUCCCCAAUUGAUCCCAUUGUUUCUGUUCCCCUUGUUUUGACCAAGGGGUGAAGCCAGACCUCGAUGAUAAGAUUACAUUUCAGCUGAAAGAUAUUUUGUCCUUCUGAUAGUGGGGCAGAACACGCGAUGUUUGCCAUGGAGUGGAGAGGGCCAAUGGUGCCGACAGCUCCGCACAGCCCCGUUCCUUCUCCUUGAGUCCCCGCAUCUCUGAAGCAGGGAAAAGUGAAUGUGGCAGCUGAGUUUCUGAGCCACUGACCCUUCUAUGACAUCCCUUAGGGCAUAAACCCAUUGGCUCAUCCCAUAGAUUCUGCCAUUGCUCUGUGUGGACUGGAUCUGCCUAUUUUCCACAAUAUAGCGCAGUGAUCUCACUGUGCACAGGGUCAGUUUAAUGCCUUGACUCUUGGAAGUCCCUCCUGACAGCCCUUCCCAGCAGGAGUGCAUCUAAUUGCAGCCAAUAGAGCUGUCUGCAUCUUCCAAAGGGAGUGUACCUUGGGUUGCGGUGUCUUUCCAUCCCAAGCCCUUGUGUUUCCUUCCUGCAGGGUCAUUCUGGGACUUUCAAAAAUGCAAGAGGUAAAAACUGCAAUGGAAACAGGAGAUAACAGAGCUGCAGAUAACCCGUGUUGUUCUUUCCAUCGUAUCCCUGGAAAACACAAUGAAAUCUUUUCCGCUUCUUUCGAGGGAGUCUUUGACAACCAUAUCAAGUCAAGAAGAAAUUGGGCAGCAGCAAACUCAGCUCCUCGGACUUUUGGUUAAUUUUACAGGGUCAUUCUAAUCAGUUGUUUCUUUCCUACAAGGAAUAGCUCGCAAACAGGUCGGUGUUUGCUGCUGAUAUUUGACUUUGGAGUUCCCAAGAUAUUCCUUAGCACCGCGGGGACAUUUUUGGGCUGCAGUGAUAACCUCUGGCCGCGUGCAUGGCACAGGGGGAGGCAAUAGGGGCCGUGGUGGGGUACAUAAAGGCGCAUGCAGAGCUCUGCAGGUUACUGGGACGGCUUCUGAGAGCAGCUCACCAUGAAGCGGCUGAUCCUCGUCGUGCUGUGCCUGCACCUCUGCAAUGGGCUGCUGCGCAUUCCCCUGAAGCAAGGCAAGUCCAUCAGGGAGGCGAUGAAGGAGCGCGGGGUGCUCCAGGACUACCUGGCCAAGCACCGCCACUAUGACCCAGCCUACAAGUACUUCAGCAACUUCGCCACUGCCUACGAGCCCCUGUCCAACAACAUGGAUUUUGCCUAUUAUGGGGAGAUCAGCAUUGGGACCCCCCCGCAGAACUUCCUCGUACUCUUUGACACCGGCUCCUCCAACCUGUGGGUGCCCUCCACGCUCUGCCAGAGCCAGGCCUGCGCCAACCACAACAAGUUCAACCCCGAUCAGUCCUCCACAUUUUCAACUCAGGACCAGUACUUCUCCCUGCAGUAUGGAAGUGGCAGCCUCACCGGCAUCUUUGGCUUCGACACAGUGACAAUCCAGGGCAUCUCCAUCACAAACCAGGAGUUCGGCCUGAGCGAGACGGAGCCUGGCACCAACUUUCUGUACUCUCCCUUUGAUGGCAUCCUGGGGUUGGCCUUCCCCUCCCUCUCUGCUGGUGGGGCCACCACUGUGAUGCAGCAAAUGCUGCAGGAAAACCUGCUGGACUCCCCCAUCUUCAGCUUCUACCUGAGCGGGCAGGAGGGCAGCCAAGGAGGUGAGCUCGUCUUUGGUGGCAUCGACUCCAACUUGUACACGGGGCAGAUCGUCUGGACUCCUGUCACCCAGACCACCUACUGGCAGAUCGCCAUUGAAGACUUCACCGUUGGUCCACAGAGCAGUGGCUGGUGCAGCGAGGGCUGCCAGGGGAUCGUCGAUACAGGAACCUCCCUCCUCACCGUUCCCAGCCAGAUCUUCUCUGAGCUGAUGGAGUACAUUGGAGCUCAGGAUGCCGGCAAUGGCCAGUAUGUGGCAAGCUGCAGCAACGUCGAGAACAUGCCCACCCUCUACUUCGUCAUCAGUGGCACCACCUUCCCCCUGGCUCCCUCUGCCUACAUGCUCCAGAGCAACAGUGGCUACUGCACCGUUGGGAUUGAAUCCACCUACCUGCCCUCCCAGACUGGGCAGCCCCUCUGGAUCCUUGGGGAUGUCUUCCUCAGGGUCUACUACUCCAUCUAUGACAUGGGCAACAAUCGGGUGGGCUUUGCUGCUGCUGUGUAGGCAGCCACAGCUCUGUGCACUGGGGCAUCUCUGUCCCCUCAGAGCCCAGACCCCCUUCUCUUGCAAAAUCAUGCAUUGAAGAUGGGUUUAUUUCCAGAUUGUAUAGUGAAGAAAUAAAAGCCAUGAAAAUAAGAU